GCACGGGCCGCACGUGUGUCCGCUCGCCGCGGCGUUCCCCAGUCCUGGCCGCGGUCACCUGAGACCAGGCGGCCCCUAGCGCUAAGCCGGCCGCGGCUCCGAGAGGCCCUCCUCUCGCCUGCCUGAGCUCCGGCCUUGGCCGGCCUGGGAGCUUCGCAGUUGGCCACACCGGCCUUUUCCGCGCCGGUGACUGGCCUUAUUCGAAGGAGGAUUUCGGUGGACGUUAGGGGACCGAGAGGGGCUCCUGUGAGAUACCGAAGUUUCCGUCCCCACAGCCCUGUCCUCGCUGAAAAGAGAUUGCGUCAGAGCCCCCGCACCCCAGAAACGAGUCAGGCCUUCAGGCGUCUCGGGCAGCCGAAAUCUCUGCCGAGAGACGACACAUCCGACCGGAGAGCUCCUACUGCUCUAACUAGAACGUUAGGGCAAAAAUCGCAAAGCCUGGGGAAACGGGCACAUCUUAGAGCUGCUGGGGCCAGUGGGAUUUUCUUACCCUCAUGGGUUUGCGGGGGAGGCUUGGCCUGUUUGGUCCAAAGCCUAGUGGAGAGAGGCGAGGGAGGUGCAGCUUGGAGAGACAGGAAAGGCACCCCAGCAGAGGGUGUGUGUGAAGGAAUCUAUCCUUCUUGAGAGGAGAAAAUGACCAAGUUCCAGGAAUGGUCAACUACUUAGUUUAGAAGAAGAAAGGACAUAUGAUUUAUAUGACUAGGGAAAAAAUUGAGAUCAGAAGUGUACUUUGGCUGAGAGGAAAAAAGAGGAAGGAUCAAAGGAUGGUGAUCUUGAUAAAGCAGAUGUCAUGGAGGAGGAAGAGGAGAAAAAAUAGGAAGAUGUUUUUAAGGAACCAGUAACCUUCAAGGAUGUCUCUGUGGAUUUCACCGAGGAGGAGUGGGGUUGUUGGACCCUGCUCAGAGGAAGCUGCACACAGCUGUGAUGCUGGAAAACUACAGUCACUUGGUCUCAGUGGUCUUAUGUUCACAGUAUGAUACUGGAGUGUACAUCCUCAGCUGACGCUCAACCCUUUUUGGUGCAUGCGUGUUCUACUUACAGGGGACACCUCUGCUGAUUGGGCUUGGGAUGGAUCCAAUAAUAAGAAUCCAGAUGGAGACUUGAAUGAAAAUUCUGUGGAGAAUCAACAGAAAGGACUUAGGUUAUCUCUCACCUGAAUAGCUUUCCUCCUGGCAAAUUUUGGAAGAGACGGCCAGUACAAUAACUGGGAGUCAGGAUUAAAUUGUGAAUCUUCAGUGUACAGGAACCCUGAACUAGAUCUUCCCCCUUGUCAAAAGUGGGGAGAAGCAUCUUCUCAUAUUUCCAAAAACAAAAGCAGUUUGGUGACUCUUCAGAGUGAUGAUUUAAAAAACAUGGAAAGUGAAGAAUAUUUGUCUUGGAAAGUCCCAAGCCAAAUGGCCACACAGGACUCCUCAGUGACGUUCUGUAAGAAUGAGCCCCAAGAUCCUCAGGAAAGCAAAAGUCUGUUUGUAACUGAAGAAAGCACUGAGAGGAAAAUCUCAGAGGGCAAAAGUCCUCCCAUCAACCAUUGUUCAGAGAACCUUCAAAAUAAACUCGUGUCUGAUGUAAAAGAAGUGGUCUCGCCCUCAUUCAGAGGUGACACAAUAUGCCAGAUUGGCCAGUCGAAAGAAUCCUUGGAUCCCUUUGACUGUAACCACAAGGACAUUUGUGGUUGGAAAUCAUGGGUGAUCAGUUGUAGUCAUCAGAGAGCUCAUACAGAGGAGAAGCCCUGUACCCAUUAUGACUGUGGGAAAAUACGUACCACCAGCCCAGGUGGUCACCCAGGUGAGAAAAUCCACACUGCCGAGAAACUAUACAGAUGUAGUCAGUGUGGUAGGAACUUCAGUGAGCGCUCAGAGCUAGUCCUUCAUCAGAGGGACCACACAGAAGAAAAGCCCUACAGAUGUGAUCAGUGCGGGAAGGGCUUCACGAGAAGCUCAAGUCUCCUCAUCCACCGCGAAGUCCACGCAGAUGAGAAGCCUUAUAAGUGCGACAAGUGUGGGAAGGGCUUCACGAGGAGUUCAAGUCUGCUCAUUCAUCACUCAGUCCACACAGGCGAGAAGCCUUACAAAUGUGACAAGUGCGGGAAGGGCUUUACUCAGAGCUCCAAACUGCACAUCCACCAGCGAGUGCACACUGGAGAGAAGCCCUAUGAGUGCGGGGAGUGUGGUAUGAGUUUCAGUCAGCGCUCCAACCUGCACAUCCACCAGCGCAUCCAUACGGGGGAGAGGCCCUACAAGUGUGGAGAGUGUGGGAAGGGCUUCAGUCAGAGUUCAAACCUUCACAUCCACCGGUGUUCACACACGGGGGAGAAGCCUUACCAGUGCUAUGAGUGCGGGAAGGGCUUCAGCCAGAGCUCAGACCUCCGCAUCCACCUCAGAGUCCACACUGGGGAGAAGCCCUAUCACUGCGGCAAGUGCGGGAAGGGAUUCAGCCAGAGCUCCAAACUCCUCAUCCACCAGAGAGUCCACACUGGAGAGAAGCCCUAUGAGUGCAGCAAGUGUGGGAAGGGCUUCAGCCAGAGCUCCAACCUCCACAUCCAUCAGCGGGUCCACAGGAAAGAUCCCCAUUAAAUGAGGUCUUCAAUCGCAUGCUUGUACUCUAAAGACUUAAAUAUUUUUAACAU